AUGGUUUUGUUGCAUCGCCAUGCCAGUAGCAAAAGCGUUAGGAGAUACGCUGAAUCUCCUGUUCUAAUAUUUCAAUUAUUCAGGCCAGCGUUUUAUAUUUCAGUUCCUCCUAAAAUCCCCCCAUUCAGCUUCCCCAAAAACUUGCUGAUUGGAGAGCGCAUCACUGUCACCUGCACGACAUCAGCAGGGGAUAGACCUGUUCAAUUUGCAUGGCUCAAAGACGGUUCCGCAGUGACCAACUCCACCGAUAUCCGAAUCAUAGAAAACAGAGGAUUCUCUACGCUAGAAAUAGAACCGCUAAGCGAAAGGAGCACGGGAAACUACACGUGCACAGCAACCAACAACGCCGGGUACACGUCUUACACAGCACCGCUUGCAGUACAUGCUCCACCAACGUGGAUUGACGAACCACAUGACGUCACAAAAAUAUCAGGAAGAAAUGCCACCCUGACGUGUUCUGCAGGAGGCUUUCCAUUGCCAAUGGUCACAUGGACCAAAAUAGAUGCUGGAACGAGUGACAGAAUACCACUCAAGUCGACUAAAGACGAAUCUCCAGGCAUGUCUACCAUCACAAUUUACAACGUAGGUAAAUCGCAUCAGGGUCAGUACAUCUGCACGGCUACAAACGGAGUUGGAAAUGAUUUGUCUAGGACCUUAAAUCUCAGGAUCAAACCUCCGAAGAUUCAAGCCUUUUCCUUCCCGUCGAUGUUAACUGUCGGGGACAGCACCACAGCGCUCUGUGCUGUCACCGCCGGAGACAGACCUUUGACAUUCACUUGGUUGAAGGAUGGAAGAACGUUGGAAGCGAAUAGCAACAUCAAGGUUUCUGAAGCUCCUGUGUCCUCUUCAAUGAGCAUUGAAUCAUUGAGCAUGUCCCACUCAGGAAAUUACACUUGCGUCGUCACGAACAGCGUGGGAACCGCAUCGAAUGUGGCGUCGUUGACCGUCAGCUCUCCCCCAAAAUGGACAUUUCAACCAGAGGACAUAACUGUCACUGCUGGACAAGAAGUGACGCUACGUUGCGAGGGUACAGGGUACCCCAAUCCUACUAUGACUUGGACACGACAACUGCCUCCUAAAAUCCCACCUUUCAGUUUCCCCAAAAACCUGCUGGUCGGAGAGCGCAUCACUGUCUCCUGCACGAUAUCAGCAGGAGACAUGCCCGUUCAAUUUGCGUGGCUGAAGGACGGUUCUGCAGUAAACCAGGCCACGGAAAUCCGGAUUAUAGAAAAUAGAGAGUACUCUACACUUAAAAUUGAAUCGCUCACUGAAAGUAGCGGUGGAAACUACACGUGCACGGCAACCAACAACGCUGGGUACACGUCCUACACGGCACUGCUUGCUGUACAAGCUCCACCGACAUGGCUUCACGUACCAGAAGACAGUACAUACGUUUCUGGAUCAAACUCCACCAUGAUCUGCUCUGCUAAGGGCUUUCCACCGCCAAAGGUCACAUGGAGCAAAACUGACGUUGGAACAAGCAACAGAGAACUCAAACCGACUGGAGAUGAAUCUCCAGGGAUAUCUACCAUUGCCAUUCACAAUGUAGGUAGAUCUCAUCAGGGGCAAUACACCUGUACAGCUUCAAACGGAGUUGGCAACGAGCUGUCUAAGACAGUUAAUCUGAAAGUCAAAUCACCGAAGAUCCAGGCCUUUUCCUUCCCUGCAACACUAACAGUUGGAGAGAGCGCCGCUACACUCUGUGCUGUGACAGCGGGCGAUAGGCCGUAUACAUUUACUUGGCUAAAAGAUGGAAGAAAACUGGAACCACAUAGCAAAGUUAAGAUUUCCCAAAGCGACCUGUCGUCUGCAAUCAACCUGGAGUCGCUCAGCAUAUCUCACUCGGGAAAUUACACUUGCGUCGUCAAGAACAGCGUGGGAACUGCAUCAUAUGUGGCGACACUGACCGUCAACUCACCACCUAAUUGGAUACAAGCGCCCGUCGACACCACGGUAGUGACUGAUACUAGCGCAACGCUAGCAUGCCACGUUUCUGGCUUUCCCGCACCCAAAGUGCAAUGGUUCAGAACAGAAGAAACCCAGGAUGUGCCCCUUGAAGACGACAACGGCACCAUCACCUUUCAUCGCGCGCACAAGGGACACCAAGGCAGAUACAAAUGUGUGGCAACCAACAGCGUCGGAGUUCCCCUCUCGAAAAUAGUUCAGUUCACAGUGAAAAAACCUCGCGUACAACCGACAAACAACACUGGUGCACAAGUCCGUACAUGCCGCCAUAACAGCGGAACUUGCCCAGUCGAACGGGCGUAUUGGUGUUUUGAACCAGGAAAACGCAUAAAAUGGUUUCCGGCACCGAACGCUCCAUCGACUACGCGGUAUGAUCUUUCAUUCAGAACACAUCCAACGGGCGUUAUUGGUGCAUUGAUACGUAUAAUGCUGCUCUUCGAUCUCACAUUAUUUGUCGUCGUUCUGCUAGAGACGCUAAACCUUUCUGCGGGUCUCGAAGCUCCAAAGAUUCAACCAUUCGCAUUUAACGCUAAGACACGCGUUGGUGAACGGGCAGCUGCAAACUGCGCACUACUUACAGAAGCAAGCUCUGUUACAUUCGUUUGGUUAAAGAACAACGUGAAGCUCGAUGAACGUGAAGGGUUAUCCAUAAAGACCAACGAACUGGUGUCACUGUUGGUGAUACAGAAGGUGGACGUCGCCGAUGAUGCAAACUACACCUGCAAGGCGACAAAUGUUCUUGGUAGCGACUCUUACACAGCACGACUGUCUGUAGAAGCCCCACCAACAUGGGCAAGUGAGCCUCAAGACGUCGCUGCUCUACAAGGAGGGAAUGUAUCCCUAGUCUGUAAAGCUAAAGGUUCUCCAGCACCCAGCAUUACCUGGACGAAAAAUUCAGAAUCUGGGACUGAUAUUUACACCCGUUCGUCAGGUUCUUUACUGGUCGUCGAAAAUGCGCAUGAAAAGCACGAAGGCUUAUACACAUGUACAGCGGAAAAUGGCGUCGGUUCGUCAAUACGCAAAACCGUCCGGCUUACCUGUGGAAUAACGCUGUGUGAAAGAGGUGUGGCACAAGCGAAUUGGAUUGAACUAUCGUGCGCGAGAAGGAUGGGAAAUGCUCAAGGAAGUUCGAAAUGGACGCUGUUUUCAUCGUUGGUUGUCUUCUACUGCGCCGCGAUGUCCGGAAAGUCAUCUGCAUCAGAAAUGCCCAAGGUUCUCCAAUUCCAAUUUCCAAAUUCCCUCACAGUAGGCCAAAGUGUCUCUGUAACAUGCACGGUCAAAGAAGGCAGCAAGCCGCUAGAGCUUCGAUGGUUAAAAGAUGGACACGACAUAAGGGAAUCUGGAAAUCGAAAGCUAACACGACAGGAAAGUUUCACCGUGCUGUUUAUAGAGUCACUGAGAGUGAAUGAUUCCGGGAACUUCACGUGUGUGGCCAAGAACAAGCACGGAUACGACCGAUAUACAGCAGUCCUCGAAGUACAUGCACCUCCGAAAUGGAUAGCUGAACCCACUGAUAUCACUGUAACUUCUAACACAGCGGCGAAGUUGUACUGUGCUGCCUCAGGCAGCCCACAGCCCACCAUAGCAUGGAUAAGGAAAGCAGUUGGAACCAACGCGGAACAGACACCAAUCAAAGUACAUGCAAACGGAACAUCGCUGAUGAUUCAUCAAACCACAGCAAGAGACUCCGGCCAGUACACCUGCACGGCGAGUAACGGAGUUGGAAAACCGCUCGUAAAGACCGUAACUUUGACCGUGAAAAUGCCGGCGAAGUUCACGGAGAAGCACAUAACAGUGACGGCGCGUCGAGGUGAGAACGCCCGGCUAGUGUGCGAUGCACAAGGUGAUCAACCCCUCACCGUCUCCUGGUCCAAGGGACAGGCGGGUUCGAGGAUAGCGAUCGAUCGCCAAGGAAGUAACAGGUUGGAAAUCUUCGAGACGCUGACCGAUUCAGGACUCCGAUCUGAGCUCUUCAUGACCAGCACAGAAAGAAGUGACGGAGGAGUGUACACUUGCGAGGCUGAAAACGAAUUCGGACGAGACGAACGUACCAACAAACUUCUUGUCGUCGAGGUCCCUGGUCAGCCCCAAGACGUCAAGAUGGGAGAGACCUGGAGUCGAGCAGCCAGUGUCAGUUGGUCACCACCGUAUAGCGGAAACAGUCCCGUCGCAAAAUACGUCAUACAGUUCUGGAGAGAUACUGGAACGGCGCAUCGACUCCAAGAAGUUGCCGUGCCAGGUUCACAGACGUCGGCCUUAGUUGGAGAUCUCCACCCUGGUUCUCACUAUCAACUCAACAUCUUGGCCGAGAACUCUGUCGGAGUCGGACAGCCAUCCACAUCUGUCAGGUUUCACACAGGAGAAGAAGAGCCGAGCGCUCCUCCAACAGACAUAAACAUCGAAGCCCGGGGACCAAGCACUGUCAGAAUAUCCUGGAAGCCUCCGCCUCCUGACGAAUGGAACGGCGAACUAGCUGGCUACUACAUCGGCUACAAGCCGACGGUAUCUGGUCAGCCAUACUCCUACCGGACAAGCGAGUUCAAGCCCAACAGCACCAGCGAGUAUUUUCUUACGGGGCUCCAGAGGGGCACCGAGUACGCAGUCAUCGUCAAGGCCUACAACGGAGCAGGCUCGGGCGUUGCAUCACAUGAGCUGCACGUCAAGACCCUCGACGGUGAUGUUCCCACUCCACCAAAGGUAUUCGUGUCAGGAACUUCGCACGGCUCCAUCACAGUCACGUGGCACCAACAGUCGCAGGGCGGAGUAAGAGGUUUCGUGCUCCACUACCGAUCCGAAGAAGGCGUCGGGCAGGAGUGGAAGGAAGUGAGUGUAGAUGCCAGGACGUCAUCGUACACAAUCGGCCAGCUGGAAGCCGGUUCACUGUACCAGGUCUUCGUCAGCGCCACGAACGAGUACGGCACUGGUGACCCAAGCGAGAUCAUCACGGUCCGCACACAUAAACUUGGUGGGAUAUUGCAAUCGCCAAUAUUCGGCAACGCUGGCACGCCGAUGUACCUCAAUCUUUUCAUCAUGGUGCCUGUGCUUGCAAGUGUUGUCACCAUUGUCGUCGUGGUGAUCGUGACUUGCAUCUGCCUUCAACGGAUAAAGCGUCAGCCAACACAGCAGCAUGGGAUCCCACACGGCACUGUGGAUCGCAGAAUGACAGCAACGGCGCUACGUCAUGCAGAGAAAGGCGCAAUGGCGGCGCAGGGCGGCCAUACCAUGUCUGGCGAAUACACGGGACUGUCUCAGCGCUACGUGGAGGUUCAGCCGCCACCGUUGCCCGCCGACCAUCCAUGCGCUUUGUACCCGGCCCCCUACGCCACACUGCCCAUGACCGAAGACGUAGAGGCCAAAAUUGCCAGGCAUUCUGUAAACCAAGAGAUGAAGACUUUCCUCGCACAGAACCGCGAGCUGCCGACUCUACCAAUUGGUAGCAAGGGCCCUAUGUCGACCAAGAAGGACCACAUGUACGAAAGCCCGCAGUGAUGCACCCGUGCCGCGUACGUGAGUCCGAACACGAACCACGGGUCGUCCCGCAGGGCUCGUCCACCGCCAUCCUCGGUGGACUCGCACUGCUGAAGUCCUGCCGUCUUGCCGACGGUCCCCAGCCCUAGCCGGAGUGUACGUGCUGCACGACGGCGAUGCCACGCGGCGAUGUGACCUGCAAGAGAACUGGCGGGGUGUUGUCGACAGCAUGUUCUGCACAUUUGCUUUGGUGUGCAAUUGCGUGUGUGCGAGAAGAUGGUAUGUCUCAUCUGUAAUACGUGGUGCUCGUAUAGGUUUUUGCGUCCUGGAAGGAUACUUACAAGGUGCAUGAUAAGGCUCGACUGGGCUUAUUGAAGAGUUGACGCGGGCAUAAAUUUUGAAAUGGCUGUGUACACAAGAUUAUGAUGAUGAUGAUGAUGAUUUGGUGUUGUGUGCAUCGGUACGAGUCGCGUAUUUUGGUUAAUAUAUGAGAUAGUUUUGUUUUAGGGUUUGUAGUUAUGUUGCGCAAACGCAACGGCUGUUUUGCGGAAUUUGGAGUAUGCUAACGUUCUCAUUUUCCUUUUUGAUGAGCGUAUGCAGCUCUAUUUGUUCGUCCGGAACUUAUAAACAUCCGCACAAACCUAGUCCAUAUUACAGACUCUUGGUGGAUCGUACGCUGUCGCUUUGCGUAAGCCGUAAGAUAGCGUUGCCCCGACUAUUCUUCAGGAACAGCAUGCGCACUGUAGAAGCUUUUCUGGCACCAUCUCAUCAGGAUUCCGGUUAGUAUUGCUAGUCGUUCAACUUCCGCGUUUCAUUCCUUAACAUCGAAAUGCGAAGUAUACUGAAAGCACUAAAUAACAUCAAAUACAUAUUCCGAAAGUAAAUUCAUACAUCCCAUUUACUAGCGUUUUGUCAGUUGCUGAAUUUCGGCCCUGUAAGUCCCGUGACUUAGCUACACACAACCGCUCGGUGACUCUUGCGUCAAGAGCAUGCGAGGGCGGCACGGUAGUAUGAAAACACGUAAUUUUGUUCUGUCGGACGUCGAAGGCGUAGCAUGUUAUCAUGCCGUACGCAAAACGAUAGCGUACGGACCUUGAGAACUCUCUAAUGUAUAUCAAGUGUUCACAUUGGAGGGAGGUCAGCGGCGGUAACCUUCGUCCGCAAAGACGUCUCUGACCUGCUUCGAAUAUUUCAUGUCCCGUUCCAUAAUCCACUAGUCCUCCUCACAAAUACAAUGAUCACACGACUGAGUGCGAUUUCCACCGAGUAGAUGUGUUAUUAUAGCAAAGGCGAAGGAAUGAUGAUGUUUCAUUACACAUUGUGCGCCAGUAGAAGACUUGUCGUAAGUCAGUGAAAAAGUCGUAUCGCUUCAGUUUUAUCUACUUAGUUGUGUUUUAGCGCUUCAUGACGCACUGCUCAAUGUCUGGUGCAUGCUCAGUGUAACCCUCAAGAGAGGUGCAGUGGACGGCCACAUUACAUUUAGUGUACAUAGUUUUAGCUUCUCAGGCCUGGUACUGAAGCACACGUGAUUUGUAUCUUGUAGCCAAAGACAGAGUGCCAUGUUCUUGUACGAGGUGGUUUUGAGAGAGAAAAAAGCGUAUUUGGAAACGUUGGACUUGAUGGAUAUAGGUUUCGUCACGCCCGUUGAUAUUCGAGGACGGUCACUCGCGAAUGAGUCGCACUAUAGGAGAGAUGCUAUGCCAAUUUUAAACAUUCCUGGUUUACAAAUGUGUGUGUGUAUUGGUUUGCGUUCGGUGUGUGUGUCUGUGUGUGUCCCAACUGGUUCUUUUCGUCUCUAUCAACAUUUCAAUGCUAUAUGUGCUUAUGCUUAUUACGGCCGCCUAUUAAGUUUCAUCAGGUAGUAGCCCAUGCAGCACAUCACCAUAGACCAAUAUUAGAUGGAUAUUAGCAAUAGUGGGCCGAUAUCGACCCGAUAUUGCCGAAAUCCAGCCAAUAUUGACCCAAUAUAUUGUGCUUCUUGGGAAGUUGUCGGCCUUGCUCUGAUGGUCUAUAGGGACUCUAGCCUUGCUCUGAGGAUCUGGGUCCUAGGGACUAAACUUUGUUCUAAAUAUACACGGAGCACCACAUUGAAUUCCAGAAGGCCACAAUGAAAAAAAAUAUGGUUUGGGAAAAACCAAUUUUUGCAAAUCUUUUGUUGCUGUAUUGAUUUUACUACGCAUUAGGAUUCACUUGAGGAAUUCCAUAUAGUCUGACACCAUGCCACAGGGUAAGGUUCUAAACAACUUUCCUGGAUUGUGAUAUCUUUUUGUCCUUAUGUUUUUUUUUCCUUCUUUCCCCCCCCCCCCCAUUUCCACUGCAUUCCUUUCAGAUACUGAUAUUCACGAUCCAUCAUGGGCAUUAAUUUUGUGUGAACGCCAAACGGUCCGAUCGUACAUUUUCUGAUCGCUAUAUGUCCUAAAGGCCACUUCCCUACCGUACACCAUACACUGAAUCCUUGAACAUCCCCAAAGCUAUCCUUGCAAUUCACCUGCUUCUUUGAAUUCUGUACAUUUCAGGUACAUGACAGCGCAUCCUAACACCGUUAAUAAAUAGGUCACAUUUAUUCAAGCACUUUAUCCAACAAGGAGACCACACAGACGGCAUGAAAGGAACGUAAAAUGAUUUACUGUUACUGAUGCAAUAUUGAAGACAAAUAGUAAUCAUAAUUCAUAAUAUUGAAAUCAAGUAGUACAGAGUUCAGCUUCCUGUGUGGUCUCGGGAGCACAUUUGAGUAUUCAUGAGCUGAAGGGGACGUCAGAAUUAUUUUUUGUCCUUGCGUGAUAUGUACCCUUCGUUCAUUGUGACCCACGCAGAGUGAUACUUCGAUGUCUUUCUUUCAUUCCUUAGAGCUUCUGAUUUGUGCACGGUGGUCAAUACGGACGAGCGUUUAGGUGUAUUUUCUACCCCAUGGAACAAACAAACGUGCUGUAAAUAAAGAAAUCAUAUGACAACGUUA